CCCAAGAAAAUUUCCACUUACCCAAUAUAAAUACCCCUCUCUCGCCUCCAUAUCUCCUCCAUCCCCACUCCCUUUCGCCGCCGUCUCUGUUUCCCCCACCUUCAUCCUCCUCCCAUGGCGGCUUGCCUCCCACUCUCCGGCGACCCACCUUCCGACCCACAUCACAAAAUGGUCAAAUUCUGCCGACCCACCUUCUCCGAUCAUCUUUCUUCCAUACCCAUUUCCCCAAAUCCACACAAAAUCCAAGAUUCUCCUCCGUCGCCGCCGCCCUCUUCCGAUUCCGAUCUCUGGUUCAAAAUCCGGGAAGAAGCUCGCUCCGAUGUGGAAGAUGAACCCAUUUUAUCGAACUAUUACUUCAGUUCGAUUCUCUCCCAUAGCUCUAUGGAUCGAGCGCUAGCGAACCAUCUCUCGAUUAAGCUCUGUAGUUCGAGCCUCCCGAUUACGACUCUGUUCGAGCUGUUCUUGGACGUUUUGAGAGACGACGGCGGCGAGAUUUUGCGAUGUGGGGUUAGGGAUUUGAGGGCGGUGAAGGAAAGAGACCCGGCUUGUAUUAGUUAUGUGCAAUGUUUUCUGAAUUACAAAGGGUUUUUAGCGGUUCAAUCGCAUCGAAUCGCUCAUAAACUUUGGUCCGACGGGAGGAAAGCUUUGGCGAUGAUAAUUCAAAACAGAGUAUCUGAAACUUUCGCCGUUGAUAUCCAUCCCGGCGCCGUGAUUGGAUGUGGGAUUCUUCUUGACCAUGCUACCGGCGUCGUCGUCGGCGAGACGGCGGUCAUCGGAAACGAUGUCUCGAUUCUUCACCAUGUGACUUUAGGCGGUACCGGGAAGGAUUCCGGCGACCGGCACCCGAAGAUUGGAAAUGGGGUUUUGAUCGGCGCCGGAACUUGCAUUUUGGGUAAUAUUAAGAUCGGUGAUAGAGCGAAGAUUGGAGCUGGGUCGGUGGUUUUGAAGGAUGUGCCGCCGCGGACGACGGCUGUCGGGAAUCCGGCGAGGCUGGUCGGCGGGAAGUCGAAUCCGAUUAAGUUGGAUAAGACGCCAAGUUUCACUAUGGAUCAUAUCUCUCAUAUAAACGAGUGGUCUGAUUAUGUUAUAUAGAUUUUUUUUUUUU